CUAGGAAGAAAUGAGGUCAUUUGCCCCAUUGACACAUCAACUGGGCAGUCCCCUUUGUUUUGACUUUUGGGUAUUUGAUUUCAAUGCUCAUUCAUUCAUCUACCGUCUCUCUCCCUCUCUCACUUCUCAAUGACUAAAGAAUAUAAAUCUCUUCUCUAUGUUCUCAAACACUUAAGCUUCAACAAAAUGGCAAAGUUCAUCUCUUUCUUCAUAUUGGUAUUGCUUCUUCUACUCUCAGCUGCAGAGUCCAGUAGAUCCUUAUCAGCCAACACCCACAAAGUUUCAUCUCCUGAGGAAUCAGACAUCAGUGAUGAUGGAUGUUGUUCAGGAUUAGAAAGUGAAGAGUGCUUGACUAGGAGAUUUAUGGCUGAACAUACUGACUACAUCUAUACUCAAGACAUAACUGGACCUUGAUUUUUUUUUUUUUUUUUUGAUAAUAAUCUUAGUUUAGUUUUAGUUUCUUUGUGUUUCUGCUUUUUGUUGACCCAUUAUAUAUGAGUAAUAGUUUUGAGAUUAGAUAUCCUAUGAUGAGGGAAUCCAACUUCCAAUUGGCUAUUAAGUUACUUUCGGGGUAGACAUUUUCUGCAGCUACCUUGGGAAGUUGAAGUUAUUCACUGUUAUAGAGAGACUAAUAUGGGAGCUGAUGUUGUUUGACAAGGAAUAGAAGUAUCAUUACAGAUUUUCUUGUUCC